AUGUGGGGGAAACGUUUUAUCCAGCAUCUUGCAUCUAGAAGCUCUUUGUUCACUUUACACAACUUCCUGGAUAAAAGCGCGCUAGAAGGCUAUGCUAUGUCAACCUUCAUCAGGCGAUAUAGCAGGUACUUGAAUGAGAAGUCACUCUCAUGUAGACUGAUCACAUCUGACAUCACCAAAGCCAGGAGAGGGAUGGAUGGUAUGAUGAGAACUAUGGAUACAAAACAGCUGCUAAACACUCUUCCAGUUAUUCAAAUUCAGUUUGAUGCUCUUCUUAAUUUUAAUGCAAAUCCUGACCAGUUAACGAAUGGUAUAAUCCAUGCUGCUUUCAUGCUUCUCUUUAAGGAUUCUCUUCGCCUCUUUGCAGCCUAUAAUGAGGGGAUCCUUAAUCUGCUAGACAAGUAUUUUGAUAUGAGGAAAAGCCAGUGCAAGGAAAGCUUGGAUAUUUGCACCAAGUUCCUUGCGAGAACAACCAGGUUGGCAGAGUUCCUGAAAGUAGCAGAGGAAGUCGGAGUUGACCAGAAAGACAUUCCACAUCUUACACAGGCACCCUACAGUUUACUUGAAGCCCUAAAACAGCAUUUAGCUUCUUUGGAAGAGAAAAAUGACAGUUUACCUCCUUACAGUCUUCAGCACGCAUUGAUUCCCCCCAUCCCAAAUAAUCCAGUUGUGAAAACUUCAACAAGCAGAGCUUGGUUCUCAGUCCGCAAACGUGUUGGAGCCAAACAGCAAGGUGGAAAAACCAUUGCAAACAAUCUGGAUGGCUUGCCUGCUAGCCUUGCAGGAAAUCUUAACUUCGGAGAAAGUCCAGUCAACAAAUCUGACAUGAAGUGGCCUCAGACUUCAGACAAGGAAAUUGCUGGUGGAAUGAAGUGGCAGCUGAAUACCUACACGUGCACAUCAACCAUCUGGAACCAUGUUUCCAUUCCUCUGGUUCAAACUCCAGUGGGAGCUCCUUACCAAAUGGUACCUCAACCCACGAGUUAUACGCAACCAGGCUCAGAGACCAGCUUCUACUCCAUCCACAAGAAAUAAUACACAAUGCGUGUAGAAGUAUCAAAGCACAAAGAUUCAUAUUCAGAGGUGAAAAAAAAGGUGAUGAUCUCUCUAAAGCCUGAACUGAACCAUCCACAUCUGCCAAGUAAACAUUCAUUUGAACCAUCA